AUGAUGUUCAGAUACGAUAUAAUAACCCUGGUAUUAGUAGCUUUAGUUGUUCAAUCAAUUCAAAGUAAAAUAUGCAACAAAAGUCACACAGAAGGAUCCUCCGAAGUUACAUGUAACGAUCCAGAGACUAGAAGUUGUGGUAAUGCGAGUGUACUUAUUGAUGUAGGAGGCACUACUGUAGGCGCAGAAGCAAAUUUGUCCUGCUUGAAUGGAUAUACCCUAUGGGGGAAUGAUUCCAUCGUAUGUUUAGAUUCAGGGCAGUGGAGUCAACUAAAUGCAUAUUGUAUUCCGGAUGACAUCGGAGAUCCAAAUAUCCAGUCAUUCGACGGGUCAAUAUACUUAUUUAACACUGGGAGUAAUUAUAGUCAAGCAAAGGAAUACUGUACCAACAUUUGUUCAACACUCAUCGAAAUAAAUAACCAGGAGGAAGAUCAAUUCCUUUAUGAGACAUUUCAAAUCUUAGAAAUAGAUAGUUUGUGGAUAGGAAUAGAGUCAGUAAAUGGUGGAAACUUUAGUUGGCAGUCAGGCAAUACAACACAGACAAACAUGUAUGCGAACUGGGACUCUAUAGAACCAGUUGAUCCGGAGGCAGGAACUUGUGUUUUAGCAACUUCGCAGUAUUCGUUUUGGGCACCAGUAACAGAAGAUUGCAAGUUUCCAACUGGCUUCGGAAAAGAUGAAACAGAUGAUGAAACAGAUGAUGAAAAAGACGACGAAGAACAUCUAGACAUUACUGUACCAGCUGUUAUUGUCUUCUUUGUCCUAGUCUGUGCUUUCUUAGUGCUGCUGUACUUCUUUUAUGACUAUCUGGUAUUUGUUAUCAUUAGUUUGUUCUGUAUAGCUGGAAGUAUGGGAUUGUAUUAUUGUAUACAGCUAGCCUGGAAAUAUAUUCCUAUAAGAACAAGCUAUGCCUGGGUAGUACAAGGCAUAUUAGGUUUGGCUUUCUGUAUCAAUAUGCUAAAAACUAUUCAAGUACCUAAUUUAAAGGUAUAUUCUAUUAUUUUACAAAUCUGCUCAAUAUUACUGAUACUGUUAUUCCUGUAUGAUAUUUUCUUUGUAUUUAUCACACCUUAUUUUACACAGAAUGGUGAAAGUUUAAUGGUUAAAGUUGCUACUGGGGGAGCUUCAAAAUCCAAGGAGAAGCUACCUAUGGUGUUUGUUGUACCAAAGCUGAAUUAUUUUUAGUAUAGUUCCUGUUUAAAUAAGCCCUCCAUGUUGGAAUUCGGAGAUGUGAUAGUUCCAGGUUUAUUGGUGGGCUAUAAUCAUGGAAUAGAUUUAAAAGUCAAUAGUAGAAAAAUAUACUACAUAGCUACAGUAAUAGCAUAUGGAAUUGGAAUGAUCAUCACAUUUGCCUUUGAGUUGAUGCAGACUGGCCAACCAGCUUUAUUGUACCUUGUACUUUGUACACUUAUAACAACUUAUGUGAUUGGCUGUAUCAGAGGAGAAUUUAAACUAUUGUGGAAUGGAAUCAAAAAAGUGGCCCAGGCCAGUAAAAAGGUUGCUAGGCCAGUAAAGUGUUCAUGA